AGCUUGUGCCACCGUAACACGCGUCCUUUUGCUCUUUAGCACGAAAGACGCAACAACACCUUGUCUAGACAAACGCAUUCUUAAUAAACACAAUUGCUAUGGACAGGACUGUGGAGGAUUCCCAGGGCCCGCUGAUUCUGGAUCAGUUCCACGUCACCGAGGAGUACGGCUUUGUGCUUUUGCGACCUCUGGAAAAUUUGCCGCCCUAUUUCCAGCCCUGGAUGGAGAUCGCCACGCGGGUUCCAGAGCUCAUCGAGUCGCACUCUCUGCGCGAGACUGUCCUGAAGAUGCCACUGUUAGAUGCCAGCCUCCUCCGCGGUCACAGACAGCUACGUUUAGGCCACCUGGCUCUGAGCAUCAUAACCAUGGGUUACGUGUGGCAGGAGGGCGAGAGAAACACAGUGAAGGUGCUACCGCGUAACCUAGCCGUGCCGUUCUGGGAGGUCUCUGAGAGACUCGGCCUGCCGCCCAUACUCACGCACGCGGACGCAGUCCUGGCCAACUGGAAGAAACGCGACCCAGAAGGUCCCUUUGACAUGAGGAACCUGGAGCUGGUGUUGACUUUGCCGGGUGGAGAUAGCGUACGAGGGUUCUUCAUGGUCACACUGCUGGUGGAGCUGGCGGCCGCACCAGGAAUGAGGGCCAUACCCGAGGUGGUCAAUGGGGUGUGUCAAGGAGAUGUCGCCAUGGUGAUCAGAGGUCUAGAAGCUCUAAGUGAGGCCAUGAAGAGCGCAAAGGAGACAUUAAAACUAAUGCACGUGUAUGUGGAUCCUGCAGUGUUCUAUGGGAUCAUGAGGAUCUAUCUGUCUGGGUGGAAAGACAACCCUUCCAUGCCAGACGGUCUGGUAUAUGAGGGGGUUCAGCAGGAGCCCCUGGAGUUUUCGGGGGGCAGUGCCGCCCAGAGCAGUCUGUUCCACUGCUUUGAUGAACUCCUGGGGGUCAAACAUGAAGCAAACAGCGGUGCUUUCCUGACACGCAUGAGGAGCUACAUGCCCCCCACUCACAAGAACUUCAUCCUGGCUAUUUCCGCUCGCCCCUCCUUGCGUGAUUUUGUGCUACAGCGAGCGGAUGCCGCUUUGACGGACGCCUUCGAGGACUGCGUCACGCAGCUGGUGGCGUUGAGGGGUUACCAUAUCAACCUGGUGGCACGGUACAUCACCCUGCCCGCCGCUCGCGCCAAGCGGCUCCGAACCGACGAGGACGCCUCCGCCCGAGAGCAGGACACCGUCGGCAAAGCUCCCGCCGCCCUGGAGAAGAGGGGCACGGGAGGUUCCGGAAUCAUGAGCUUCCUGAAGACGGUCCGAGACAAAACGAAAACCGUCUCCGUCUCGCCGCGUCUCAACGGGACCUCAGAGUAAAACCUGCGCGCCCACGACAAAACACGAAAACCCCCCCGAAAGUCACGGUCUGAGCUGAGCCCGGACCCAAAGACUGUCUCUCAGACACCUGGUGAUGGGGACAGUAGAAGUUUGUCUGCAUUAGUUUAGGAAAAAAAAAAAACAACACAAAUAUUCACAUCUCUAGCAUCUCUAAGGAACUCCUCUCCCUUUUGCUUCAAUUCCGUUGUUUUUCUCCAUAAUUGGGGACAACUUUGUGUCGGUCAUGGAACUGAGGUUCAGUGGAUGUACAUGUGACAGAGAGUCUUGGUUGGGGUUUGUUGCUGUUGUAUAGGGGGAGGAGGGAAGUGUGUGUGUGUGUGUGUGUGUGUGUAGGGGGGGUGUCCAUAUGUUUUGUGACACAAACAUGCUGUGGUUUCGACCCAAACCAUAAUUCAAACCAUCAUCAUUGGCUUCCAUUAAACAGAGCCACUAAUCUUUUCACUCGAUCUAAAUGAGAACGUAUGAAAACGCUCCCCUCCCGACAAACACGUCGCUUCUCUUUGUGCCACAGACCUCAAUUCCUGGAAGUCUUUUGGAAGUCAGUUUUUAUUUUCCCAUGCUAGAAAGCUCUCGAGAUACAGAGGUACUGCUUACAUGAAGCUCAAAAAUAUGACAGAUAGCUAAAAAAAAGAAAAAAAACAAAACAAAAAAACAACUUAGGUGUGCCUUUACAGUAAUUUGGAGGAAUUUGAGACUUUGUAAGGCGUUCGAGUUCAAAUGCGGUGGUUCCAGGUGGGCCAAUGGGAAAAAUUCAGGCGGCCCGUCCGGGAGCAAGUCCCCUCAGGAGGAAGAUUUUGAGUGAGUCGCCGUGGGGACAGGGCGAGUCUAGUGGAUACCUUCUGCCUCCUGCCCGUGUCUUAUCACGUUCGGUAAACAGGCCCUGUCUUACUUAACACAGUGAACCUGUAUAAAGGCAACGUGCCAAGGGAUGUUCUACGUUAGUCAGCGAGAUGACAUGUGGUUGAAACCACACAGAACGCUCACGGCACAGGAUGCUGUUCCCAAACACUCUCAGCGUUCUGAAGACCUGUUCAGGCCUGCCAGGAGCCCGUAACCUCCGGCAAAAAAGGUUGUUUGCCAAAAACAACAAAAUAUUGUUUCGUUUAUAGAAAUUCAGUAAAACUCUCCGAAGUCUAACGAAACAGCUUUUGAGUUUUUUCGAAAAAGCCCCCCAAAAAAAAUCUUGCUACCAAGCGAAUCGACUCUCGGCUUGCUGACUCACAAAUUCCACCAGUCGAGCGGGGAGCGGGGACCUGCGUGAGACACGACACGCUGCUAACCAUUUGUGUGUCCGCAUCAGCGACGGUACGAGAAAAACCGUGGGAAAUUUUACCCCAGCAGUUGCAGAUUAAAAGGGAGAUCAUUUUCACUCACAUCCACAAACCCACCCAUCCCCCCCCCCCCCCCCCCCCCCCCCCCCCCCCCCCGCACCCCCAACCGCUUUGGGGCCCAGUCAGCCUGUUAAGGUCUCAGGCUGUAAGAAAGAGCCAAUCGUUGCUGAUUCCUUGAUUUUUCAAACCGAGUGCGUAAAUAUUUUUAGCGAACCAAACAAAAAUGUGGAACUGACUACCCGUUAAUCAACACGUUGUCAAUCUUGUCAA